UGUUCAUCUUCUUCCCCAUGUUUGGUGUUUUCCAUCGCAGAGCAAUGCUCUGCUCCAACCUCAACAUCACCAUCAUCAGAACUCCCUCAUUUCUUCAACACUUUUCCACUUCUGAACAACACUCUUUCACCACCAACUACCUCAUCAACAACUUCUCCUUCUCCCCUGAAACCGCUUCCAACCUCUCCACCCGAGUUCGUCUCGACAACUCAGACAGACCCGACUCUGUCCUCGCCUUGUUCAGAACCCAUGGCUUCUCAAACCCUCAGUUAUCUCAGAUCAUCCAAAGCUACCCAAAGCUUCUUUCCUCCGACCCCAUCAAAUCCAUUCUUCCAAAGUUCAACUUCCUUCUCUCAAAGGGUGCUUCAACUUCCGACCUUGUGCAGAUUGUGACCAAGAAUCCCAGUGUCUUGAAGCAGAGCUUAGCAAAUACCAUCACCCCAUGUUAUGAUUUCCUCAAAAGAUUCUUGGUUUCUGAUGAGUCCACUAUAUACUCUAUAAAAUACUGUCCUUGCUUGAUUUAUUCUAAGCUUCCAUCCAUUAAUGUUCAAAUGCUGCUUGAGAAUGGUGUCCCUGAAUCAAAAGUUGCUCUUAUACUUCGUCGUUGGGGUCAUAUCGUCAGUGAGCAUCAUCCUAUCAUUAAGAAGGCAGUGGAAGAAGUAAAGAGAUUAGGAUUCAACCCCGCCUCGACAUUUUUCAUUGUAGCAGUGAUUGCUAAGAUGAUGAACGAUUCCCUGUGGCAAAGGAAGACUGAUUUGUAUAAGAAAUGGGGCUGGUCUGAAGAAGUUAUUGUUUCAGCAUUUGUGAGACAUCCAUGGUGCAUGCAGGCAUCUGAGAAGAAAAUUGAGUCUGUGAUGGAGUUUUGGGUCAACCACAUGGGUUGGGACUCUCUGGUGCUUGCCAAGCAACCGAUACUUCUUACGUUGAGCUUGGAGAAAAGAGUUAUUCCCAGGGCUUUUGUCUUGCAAUUUCUUCAAAGUAGAGGUUUGAUUAAGGAUGCUAAAUCGCCUACAGCGUUUAAACUUACUGAUGAUAUGUUCUUGCAGAAAUUUGUGAAUUGUUUUGAGGAUGAAGCUUCUCAGCUGUUGAAGCUGUAUGAAGAGAAAAAAAAUCAACCAAGAUAAGAUAGAUGCAGAUGCGUCUGUCCUAUUUUGGGUUUGAAGAUCUGAAUAAAUAGUAAAUUUAAAUUUGUGACUUCACUGACUUGUAUUAGCUUAUCUAGUUCUAUUAGUUGAUUCUAUAGGAUUGAUUCAUAGCCUGAAUGGAAACUUGUUGCAUUUGACAAUUGGAACCAUAUGGGUUGCUGUGAUCAUCAAUACUUGUUUGUUAGCCAUCUAUCAUGCUUUGCUGAUAGGCCUAUUUGGUGCUUUAUCACCUUUGUGUUAUUUUGUCAAGAGGCUUCCUGA